CUUUAAUUUUCUUAAUUCCAUCUUAUCUUACAUAUUCAAAUUCAAAUUUUACACUCUGGCAAUUAAACCUCAUUACAAUACACUGAUGUUAAAGAAAUUGAUGCCCUUACUUUAUCGAGAGACUUCUCGUUUGUCACUCUAUUAUGCUUUUUACAACUCACAAACUAGGAGUUUAAUUUCAUUUUGAAUCCAGAUUCAUCUAAAGCUUUGUAUUAAUUUAUAUCAAAUUCUGACAUGAAUCUGACUCCCCAGUUAACCUUUAAUUGUAUAGUCUAAAGAAAUCACUCCUGGUUGAAAGCAUCAAGCAACAAUAUCAGAGAUGCUGUGAUAUCUACUACAAUACAUUCUCAAAGAAAAUUAAAGCUAGUUUGCCAGAUCCAGAUUCUGAUGAACACUGAGUAAACUAUUGGCUUCAAAUGGUUUUUUCAAAUCGUAAAUAUAUGAUCCUUACGAAAAAUAUAAAAUUUCUAAAGUUCUUCAACGUAAAUAAGGUGGGAUUAUAUAUUGGCAAAAAGAGAAAUUAAGCAUAUCCUGAAUUUAGUAGAUUUCUCAUUGCCUAAUAAAACAAACGAGUUAGAUGUUUCUCUCUCUUUUGAAAUGAAGCUGAAUAGAACUUCUUACUUCAACUCAUUGAUCAGGAUCAGCUCAAAAGUAAUCCGAGUCGCGACGUUCUCUCACUUCUGUCUUAACCUUAGUCAAUUGAAGAGAUUGAUAGCAGCUUACAGACACGUGGAAAGAUUGGAUAUUUGAUGCUGUGAGCUAUCCAUUCCGACUGCUCCUGAUUUCUCAAAGGCUCUUCAAAAUUGUCAAAUUGAGGAAAUAAAUUUAUUAGGUACAGGAAGCUAUUCUUACAAAAAUUGGAGAGAUCAUCCUGAAGAGUUCAACAAUUUGAUACAAGGCUUCGCAAGGUCUACAGAUUUAAGAACUAGUCUCAGGAAAGUGAACAUUAAGAAUUGCUGAAUAAAGCAAAGUGAAGCAGAAGAAAUCUUUGCAAAAAAUCAAAUCAGAGGAGUAACAAUAAUUGGUGGGAUUUAAAUAUAUCAAUAAAUAUAAUUUUUUUGGAUCAGUCAAAAAGUUUAGCUAAAUUUAAAUGUUGAGUAGCUUUGCAACUUAUUUUAGCGUGGUUUGUCAUUCUAUCUUUUGAAAUUGUGAACUUAGAGAUUAUGUUAAAGUAAUAUAUUCAGGUGUAAAUUCUUAGAGCAAUUAAGCUGGGAGUUUCUUAUCGAUGAAGAGUAUCACUAAGUUUAACAGCCCCAGCUUCUA